AUGGUUAAAACAGAGGAAUUAUCUCCAGAACAAGUUUAUAGUAUGGAAGAGACCGGGCUAAACAUUAAAAUGUUACCAGAAAAAAAUUUUCUAGGCAGUCAUGAACAGUCCUGUGCCUCUGGCUUUAAAAGGAACAAAGAACAUAUUACAGUGGCCGUUUGUUCGAAUGCAGCGGGAACUCAUAAAAUUCCUCUUUUUGUUAUUGGCAAGUCUGCUAAACCACGGGCAUUCAAAAACUUGAAUCCAUCGUCCCUUCCGGUCUAUUAUAAGUCACAAAAAUCAGCGUGGAUGAAUUCAGACCUGUUUAAAGAGUGGUUUAAUUUACAGUUUGUUCCAAGAGUUAAAAAACAUUUAAAAAGUGUUAACUUGCCUAUCAAAGCAGUUCUAGUGUUAGAUAAUGCUCCAACCCAUCCUCAUGACUGCGAUGUAAAUGACAUAAAAUUAGUUUAUCUUCCUCCUAAUGUGACAAGCUUAGUGCAACCAAUGGACCAAGGAGUAAUCGAAAGCUUAAAAAGACGAUACAGGCGUAUACUUGUUUCUGAAAUUCUGCAACACUCGGAGACUAAAGACAAAGGUCUUUUAGAAGUCAUCAAAAAGAUCAAUAUUAAGGACGUUAUCUAUAUGUUAGCUACAGCAUUUCAAGAAAUGCCCUCUUCAACGUUAAAUAAAUCUUGGACAAAACUUUGGCCAGAUGUGGAGAAUCUAGUGGCGAUCUCGAAUAUUGCAGGAACUGAAGAAGAAGAAAACAAAUCCACUCUACAAGACCUUCAAAAGUUAACGGGUAACGAAGUAUUGCAACCAACAGAUGUGGAAAAUUGGAUGAUAAGUUGUGAUGAUCACCUUGAAAAUGAAUUUUUUAAUGAUGAAGAAAUCAUAGAUUUAGCAACCAAAGAACCAGAGGAAUAUGAUGAGAGUAGUGACACUGCAGAGGAAAAAACGAUGUCUCAUGAAGAAGCCAAUAAUGGCUUUAACUUGCAUUAA